AUGACCAGAGUUCCGCGAGGAUAUAUAGCUCGGAGACGACGGGCAAAAAUGCGUUCAUUUGCCUCAAACUUUAGAGGGGCUCAUUUAAGACUUAAUCGAAUGAUUACUCAACAGGUAAGAAGAGCGUUUGUUUCCUCUCAUCGAGAUAGAGUCAGGCAAAAGAGGGAUUUUCGGCGUUUGUGGAUCAGUCGGAUAAACGCAGCAACGCGGAUACAUAAAGUAUUCGAUAAUUAUAGUAAAUUAAUACACAAUCUUUACAAGAAAGAAUUGAUUCUUAAUCGUAAAAUCCUUGCACAAGUAGCUGUAUUAAAUUCAAAUAAUCUUUACACGAUUUCCAAUAAAAUAAAGAUUAUCAAUUAA